AUGUUUGGCAAAAAGAUCAGUGCUGAUGGGCAGCAUGAUAUUGAAAAUCUUACCCAAUCAGUAAAACAUGGUGGUAAAGGGCUGAGCCCUUUAGUUAGUAUAGUAAUAGGCAGAAGAUUAAUCAUUGGAAUUUUAGAGGAAUAUUUAUUAUCUUUAGUCACAAAUGAUAAUCAAAAUUGGAUUGAAAAAAAUAUAAAUAUAUUUCCUUUGCAAUCACCAAAUCUUAAAAAACAAGCAGCACAUCCAAAAAAUGCUUUGGGAUUGGAGGCUGCUCUGAAAGAGAAACUCUGUUAG